GCUGCCCCGGCCUGCCCUCCCGCCUCUCCCGCCCCGCCCCGCGCCGCUCCGCGCCGGCUCCGCAGCUUGCGCCGGCCGGCGCCGGGCCAUGGCGCUGUUGCGGGACGUAUCGCUGCAGGAUCCGCGAGAUCGCUUUGAGCUGCUGCAGCGUGUGGGGGCCGGGACCUAUGGCGACGUUUACAAGGCCCGUGACACCGUCACGUCCGAACUGGCCGCGGUGAAGAUCGUCAAGCUAGACCCAGGGGACGACAUCAGCUCUCUUCAGCAGGAAAUCACCAUCCUUCGCGAAUGCCGCCACCCUAAUGUCGUGGCCUAUAUUGGCAGCUACCUCAGGAAUGACCGGUUGUGGAUCUGUAUGGAGUUCUGUGGAGGGGGUUCGCUGCAGGAGAUUUACCACGCUACUGGGCCCCUGGAAGAACGGCAGAUAGCCUAUGUUUGCCGGGAGGCACUGAAGGGGCUCCACCACCUGCAUUCUCAAGGCAAAAUUCACCGAGACAUCAAGGGUGCCAACCUUCUGCUCACUCUGCAGGGAGAUGUCAAGCUGGCGGACUUUGGGGUAUCAGGUGAGCUGACAGCGUCUGUGGCUAAGAGGCGGUCUUUCAUUGGCACUCCGUACUGGAUGGCACCAGAGGUCGCUGCUGUGGAACGCAAAGGUGGCUACAAUGAGCUGUGUGACGUCUGGGCCCUGGGCAUCACUGCCAUUGAGCUGGGCGAGCUACAGCCACCGCUGUUCCACCUGCACCCCAUGAGGGCCUUGAUGCUCAUGUCGAAGAGCAGCUUCCAACCACCCAAGCUGAGAGACAAGACACGUUGGACCCAGAAUUUCCACCACUUCCUCAAGCUGGCCCUAACCAAGAACCCCAAGAAGAGGCCCACAGCUGAGAAGCUUCUGCAGCACCCAUUCACAACCCAGCAGCUCCCUCGGGCCCUCCUUACACAGCUCCUCGACAAGGCCAGCGACCCCCACCUGGGAACCCUCUCCCCUGAAGACUGUGAACUGGAGACCCAGGAUAUGUUUCCAGAUACCAUCCAUUCCCGGGGCCAUCAUGGUCCAGCUGAGAGGACCCCCUCCGAGAUCCAGUUUCACCAAGUGAAAUUUGGCGCCCCUCGCCGGAAGGAGACGGAUCCUCUCAAUGAACCGUGGGAGGAGGAAUGGACGCUGCUGGGAAAAGAGGAACUGAGUGGGAGCCUCCUGCAGUCGGUCCAGGAGGCCUUGGAGGAAAGGAGCCUGACUAUUCGACCCGCCUUAGAACUCCAGGAGCUGGACUCCCCAGAUGACGCCAUGGGAACCAUCAAACGGGCCCCGUUUUUGGGGCUGCCCCAUACUGAGCCAACACCUGAUGACAAUGCCCAGUCCCGCUCCCCAGGAACCCCAUCUGCACCUCCGCCUGGUCCUGGCAGCCCACCAUUGCUGCCCACUGCCUGGGCCACCCUGAAGCAACAAGAGGAUCCUGAGAGAUCAUCCUGUCAUGGCCUUCCUCCCACCCCCAAAGUGCAUAUGGGUGCCUGCUUCUCCAAGGUCUUCAAUGGCUGCCCCCUGCAGAUCCAUGCUGCUGUCACUUGGGUGCACCCCGUGACUCGAGACCAGUUCCUGGUAGUAGGGGCCGAGGAAGGCAUCUACACUCUCAACCUGCAUGAACUGCAUGAGGAUACACUGGAGAAGCUCAUCUCCCAGCGCUGCUCCUGGCUCUACUGUGUGAACAACGUAUUGCUGUCACUCUCAGGGAAAUCCACGCAUAUCUGGGCACAUGACCUCCCAGGCCUGUUUGAGCAGCGGAGACUGCAGCACCAGGCACCCCUCUCUAUCCCUACCAACCGUAUCACUCAGCGCAUCAUCCCCAGGCGCUUUGCCCUGUCCACCAAGAUUCCUGACACCAAAGGCUGCCUGCAGUGUCGUGUGGUCCGUAACCCCUAUACAGGCAGCACUUUCCUGCUGGCUGCCCUGCCUGCCAGCCUGCUUCUGCUGCAGUGGUAUGAGCCCCUGCAGAAAUUCCUGCUGCUGAAGAACUUUUCCAGCCCUUUGCCCAGCCCGGCAGGGAUGCUGGAGCCGCUGGUGCUAGACGGGAAGGAGCUGCCACAGGUGUGCGUGGGUGCCGAGGGGCCUGAGGGACCUGGCUGCCGAGUCCUGUUCCAUGUCUUGCCCCUGGAGGCUGGCCUGACUCCAGACAUCCUCAUCCCGCCUGAGGGGAUACCGGGCUCCGCCCAGCAGGUGAUCCAGGUGGACAGGGACACAGUACUGGUCAGCUUUGAACGCUGUGUGAGGAUCGUUAACCUGCAGGGUGAGCCCACAGCUGCACUGGCCCCUCAGCUCACCUUUGACUUCCCUAUUGAGACUGUGGUGUGUCUGCAGGACAGUGUGCUGGCUUUCUGGAGCCAUGGCAUGCAGGGCCGAAGCCUUGACACCAACGAGGUGACCCAGGAGAUCACAGAUGAGACCAGGAUCUUCCGAGUGCUGGGAGCCCACAGGGACAUCAUCCUGGAGAGCAUUCCCACUGACAACCCUGGGGCACACAGCAACCUCUACAUCCUCACAGGCCACCAGAGCAGCUACUGAGCUGUCCCCUCCAGCCUCUGUAGGGCCCCAGAGGGCAGACCUGACUCUGAGAAGUGUUUGGGGGCAGGGAGGGGAGGUAGCCCACCCCCCUCAGCAAUAACUGGACCAGAGGAAGCUGCGACCACCUCCCUCCCUGCAGUGUUGUCUCCCAGGACAGGAGGCCCUGGGCGGGCUGGGGCUGCCUGGCCGAUCCAUUCCAUUUUCUCUUUUCCUUUCUAUUCUUUCUUCCAAGAGCCUGCCCCAGGUUCUAUCCGGGGCAACAUGUAUUUAAGAGAGAAUUAUAUUGGUAUUAAAGCUGGUUGGUUUUAUCCUGUUAGUCCCUCUGAAGUGGAGGCACUGAGCUCCCACCUUCUGCCCCUUCUCUUUCUUCUCCUCUCACUCUUUCCUGCGGGACACUUUUCUCUAAAUACUCAGUUGGCCUCAGGUGUGUGCCGUGGAAGAGCAGCUGCUGGUGCUUGGUGGAGUCUAGACUUGGGUGACACAAGCCAGUGGUCUAACAGCCAUCUUGGGCCUGGAUCUUCCUGGUCCCUGCCCACAGCAGCCCUCAUUCAGUUUUGUAGAUUGAGACAUCUGCUGUAUUUGGCAUCUUGUGGAUCAUGCAGGGGAAUUAUGAACAAAGGGACCUGUCUGGGGCAGCCUUGCCCCAAGUAGGAUCUUGUUUGUGGUUUCUGGGAUCUGCACCCUGGCCGUGUCUACUGCAGUGUUCCAUGACGGGCCUGUUGAACAGUAUUGUGAAGCAUUGGCUUUGUUGGGGAAGAUGGAUGUGCGUCUCUUUAGUGUUCAUUCACUCCAAGUCAGGCCUGGGGUCACUACCAAAAUCCAGCUCAACACCCAAGAAAAUUGUUGGAGCCCAUCUCCCUUGUGCCUCAGCUUGUGUUUUUUACUGUCCUUAUUUGGCCCAGUACCCCUCGAGCCCUGUGGCCCCAGAUACUGACUGGCUUGCCAGUGACUAAGACCACUGAAGGGAGGAUGGGGCACACAGCCAAGCCUGGAGGGCUAAGCGGGUUGUAGAGCAAAGGUGCAGAGCCCAGUGCUCUGUUCCAGCUCAUUGUCACCCUCCUGACAUUUAGAGCAAAUGUUGGCAGAACAAAGUCUUAUGUCUGGUGUUCUGGCUGCAAGUACUCGCCAGCUCAGUGAGGCAAUGGGUGGGUGAGGGUGGGUGGCGACA